UUUUGCGCCUUCUCAGAUGAUUAGACGAGAUCGGCAAAGAAAGCAAAGCCCACUCUUAUCCCGCUGCCGUAAGUAGGAGCAGGAGGUAAAGUGGCGGGCGACCAAGCUUUAUCUUAUCAUGGACAAGCAACAAAAGUGGGCUUGAGAUAGACGGACGGGUAAAAGAGCAAUGGCGGUGCUCCAACAGGCUCUCCAAUGGUCAACCCCCGAAAAGGAAAGUUGGAGGCGGGCGAGAGACCGUUGGAUCUGCGGGCACUCGGUUGGGUUGGGUUGGAUUGAGUUACAUAAGUUCGAUGCGAUUGUUACUUUUCUUUUCAAUAGAUAUCCAUUGUUGAUCCCUUGUGUCUACACAUCACCCAUUCUCAUUUUCCUUGUUUGUCCCUGGGAGUACGUAGAGUAGGAAAGAAGAGAAGCGGCAACGAUACAUAUACGUUCCAGCCGCCAUGGCAUCCGCAGCCGCAGCCCCGAUACCUACAGCGGAUGUAGAGAAAGAUACGGUGGUACAGGAUACCGUUGUGCCAAAGGGCAAGGUGGCAGAGAAACUCCUCAAGCACUCACACGAUGCAGAUGCAGCGAUGAAAGCGUUUGAAGGGAUGGAAGGCCAGGUGAUUCAUCUCACCGAGGAGAAGAGUAAGGCGUUGUUAAGGAAGAUUGAUUGGCAUUUGAUGCCUAUUAUGUGUCUAGUGUACGGCCUCAACUACCUCGACAAAACAACCCUCUCCUACGCCAGCAUCAUGGGCCUUAAACUCCCGCCAUCAGACAAUCCACUGAAAUCCGGGAUCAAUCUCACGGGGGAUGAGUAUUCGUGGCUGGGGAGCAUGUUUUACUUUGGGUAUAUAGCUUGGGAGUAUCCAACCUCGAGGUUGUUGCAGGUUUUGCCUUUGGGGAAGUAUUCGGCCUUUAACAUCAUAAUCUGGGGCCUCAUCCUCUCCUGCUUCGCGGCCGUAUCAAACUUCUCGGGUGCCCUCGCCAUCCGCUUUUUCCUCGGCGUCUUCGAAGCAGCCGUAACCCCCGGUUUCGCCCUCUUCACCUCGCAAUGGUACACAACCGCCGAACAAGGCUCGCGCACCGCCAUCUGGUUCAGCUUCAACGGGUUCGCGCAGAUCUUUGGCGGGUGCCUCGCCUACGGCAUCGCUGUUGGAUGCCGCAAGUCUGGAACGACGAUUGAACCCUGGAAGAUUGUUUUCCUAGCAACGGGUCUGCUGACGGCGUGCUGUGGCGUCGUGUUUCUGUGGAUUGUGCCGGAUAACCAGCUUAACUGUCGGUGGUUGAGCGAGGAGGAUCGCGUGCUGGCUGUUGAGCGGAUUCGAAUUAACAAACAAGGCGUGGGGAAUAGGCAUUUCAAGUGGUAUCAGUUGAAGGAGGCGUUGCUGGAUCCGCUGAGUUGGGCUUUCUUUUUUUAUGCGCUGAUUGCUGAUAUUCCGAAUGGCGGCAUCUCAAACUUCUUCUCCCAACUCAUCGUCGGCUUUGGCUACACACCCGAGCAAUCCCUUUUAUACGGUACCCCGGGCGGCGCCGUCGAAAUUGUCUUCCUAAUUGCCUGCGGCUGGGCCGGCGAUAAGUACGGGAACCGCAUUCUUAUUUCCAUGAUUGGCCUGCUCACUGCUAUCCUCGGCAUGCUGCUUAUUGUCGCGCUGCCGCUAUCCAGUAACUCGGGGCGCCUUGCGGGAUACUAUCUCACGCAGGCGAGCCCAACGCCGUUCGUGGCGCUCUUGAGCUUGGUGGCGAGUAAUGUGGCGGGGUAUACGAAGAAGACGAGUGUAGCGGCUAUGUUUUUGAUUGGGUACUGUGUUGGGAAUAUUAUAGGCCCUCAAACAUUUCGUCCAUCAGACGCACCCCGCUAUGUCCCCGCAGAAGUCACAAUAAUCGUCUGCUGGGGCAUCUGUCUCGGCAUCCUCACCUUCAUCCACUUCUACUGCGUGCGCCAGAACAAGAAGAAAGCAUUAAUUCGAGCUGCACCCGAUUACAUCAAGUUGGAGAACCAGGAAUGGCUCGACCUAACCGAUAGAGAAAACCCAGAAUUCAUAUAUACACUGUGAAACCCCGACGACAUAGAUACAAUCAGCAAUUCAACAAUCAUUUCCACUUGAUUCACUCUUCCUUUUUCUCCAAAAGAAAGAAAACAAAAUAUCAUUCAUUCAUUCAUUCAUUCAUACUCCUUCAUCCAUCUAGCACGUCGCAAGCAUACUCGUCAACGCACUCUUCUCCGCACUCGUAAUCGUCAAUCCAUACA